GAAGUCUCCUCUUGACAUUCUGACCCAGAUGGGCGAGUCCAGUCAGGCAGGUGUUUCCACAGGUGGCUCGGGCCGGCUGCCCUCCUUCCAGCCUUACCUCGGGUGCGAAUCCUCAGACGAUGACGACUGGAGGAUGAUCGGCAGGCCGAGGAACAUGAGACGCAGCAGCGUGAGCUUACUGGAGCAGCAGCCCAAAAUGACGCCCAGAAUGAGAUCAGUCAUCCUCUGCUGGUUGAUGGAGGUGUGUGAGACCUACGCUAUUCACAGGCAGACGUUCUACCUGGCGCAGGACUACUUUGACCGGUUUCUGUUGCUCGAGAAAAAUCUGAAGCUGGGUGCGAUGCAGCUCAUCGUGCUCACGUGCCUUCUUAUAGCAUCAAAGAUGGAGGAAACUCGGCCUUUAAAGAUCCGACAUCUGUCAUAUGUAGCUAACGGAAUCUACCUUGUAGAAGAAUUCCGGGAUAUGGAGUUGGUAAUUUUGAAGGCACUGCGGUGGUACAUUCGUCCAGAUACGGCUCUGACCUGGCUGAAGUCCUUCUUGCAGGUGUUGACGGCAGAGGACAACUCUGACCCGAUGGAGCAGCAGUUCCCAAAAGAUAUUUACAUAAAAAUUACAAAUCUUUUAGAUCUGUGCAUCCUUGACGUGAACUCGCUGGACACGCCCUAUCACGGGCUGGCUGCCUCAGUCCUGUGUCAUUUUGUGGAUCAGGAACUGGUGCAACAAAUUACAGGUGUGCCCAAAGAUCUUCUCCAGCCAUGCGUCGACUGGAUGUUGCCCUUCAUGGAAGCAUUGGAGGAGUUUGGCUCUGAGCCACAGAAGCACUUUCCCACCAUAAAAAAAGAAGACCAACACAACAUCCAGACAAAACUGGACUACAUGACCGUUUUGGACAGUGCUUACAAAGCAGUACACGGUGUGUCUCCCAAAAGAGAUGUGAAUCCGCUCGAUGUGGCCUCGUACAGACAGAGGAUUUAUGUGCCUGGACAAGGACUCACACCUCCAGAAUAUUCCUCCUGAUGCAAUAGAGAGAAUCCUUUUAACAGUAAGUCUGAAGCUGUUAUCGGCUUGCAGAACCAUCUGGAAGUUCCCUCGACGUUAUCCAGCAGAGCUGCCUGUGACUGCAAGUGUCCACCUCAGUCUGAUCUGACCAAGCUGGGUAUUAAUCUGCUUAAAGUCCGUGUGAUCCAGCAUGCCACCAUGAGACUGGAGCUAAUAACUGUUAGUUUACAGUGAGUGGGCAUCGUGUGUCCCCAGCAGCUCCCCCAUAUCAAAACUUCCUGAUGUGUGCCACGUAUGAGAGCACAAGGUGGGAGCUCCAAACUCCGUCCAUCCUAACUCUUCCGCUUAUUCAAGUCAGGAGCAUAUCCCUCCUGCAAGCACUAAACUGCUAAUGUUACAUUUGUAA